AUGGGACAGGAUAUGGCAAACUGGAAGGGUGACUGGGGUUUCGAGGAGGCUGUGAUGGACAUGGUUGAAAACUCGGUGCCUCCAUAUCUGAUCGAGUACGAGCGCUUUUCGCCAUUUCCCUAUCAGGCCAGCGGAACCCCUCCAGAGUCUCCUAGAAACGCGUUCGGGCUGCUCACCCUUGAGCUCAACCACUUCUUGCGAAUGUUUUUCGACAAGACAGGAAACAUGCCUGACAACAAGGAAAUACAAUUGGAAGCCUGCCGUAUCGUCUUUGCCUCGGAGAUAACGUCGUCCCUGGAUUACGAUGUUAGCGCUUUGCAUGCGUCGUGGGUGCGGGACUUGAUCACAUCGUCAGACGAAAUUACUCGGAAGGCUCGAUUCGGACCCAUCAGAUCUGUCGCCGAAAGCAUGAUGGCUGUUCUCCAAAUUAAAGGCAAACGUAGCCUUUUUGAGGAUUGUCCUUGCGAGACGCAGCUGCAAAGCUUUGUUGAUGCCCGGAGCGCAUUGGGCCUAGUUACCAUUACUGAUCUGGAGUUGCAGAACGAAGCCUCCAAGAUCGUGCUGGGAAUGGGCAAGGAAUGUGGUGUAUCGCCAUCUGACUUCGUUGCCAACUGGCUCAUCAACUUGAUCGGCUCGUCGACGGACUGGCUCACGGGGUUUAGGGCCAGAAAACGACUUCCUGCCCCCGAAAGCUCAACUAAGUCUACAAUUCAACAAUUACAAUCAACAACUCUUGGGGAUCAAGGGGGUUCUUUCAAUGAACCACUUCUGCAAACAACCACCCACCACACCGGGCUCAGUACUCACGAUGAGCGCUUCAACAACCUUUUGAAUGAAGAAAGCAGCUCUUUCCUAUCUCAACUGGGAGAUUUCGAUCCCGUAUUUACUAGUGAUCUUGAAUCGGCAGCUCUGACAAUGGGCAUUGAUACCCACGCAUCUGCGUCUCUGGUGCCGUCACCAGAUGCUGUGCCGUCUCCUCCUGUUGUCAAUGCCAAUGCACCAUGGGAGGGACGAGUCAGCCCGGGUAUGAAGGAAGACAAGAUGGACUUGGAACUUCCGCCAGCAUUGUCUAGGGUAAAGGCCAACUAUGCCUUCUUCAACGACGCCAACUUCAACCGGUGGCUAGCCCUUGAGCUCCGACGUUGGGUUGCAUCAACCAUGUCACCGAACAACCCCAAUUGCCACAUUCCCACAGAUCAGGAGCUACAGCAUCAAGCUCGCUUCAUUGUUUUUGAAGAGUAA